GAACUCUCGUAUUCUAGUCUGCCCUUCAUCUCGCCCCUACCAUUCGCGUAACGGUAUGCCUGCUAUCCAGGUCGUCUUCAAAGAUGAAGCUUCACGAAGUGUUCAGUGCCAGCACAUCGCUCCUUCACAUUGUCUAUCUCCUCAUCAGAUUCGCAACUCUUUCAACCGAUCACUACUUCUCUCUUUACAACUCUUUACAGUCUACUUUCAACACUCUUCUCAUCAUGAAGUUCUCUCUUGGUCCUAUCCUUCUCGGCCUUGCCACUAUUGCAGGCGUGACAGCCUCGCCUGUACCAUCCUCUGACGUUGCUACAUUCAACGACAAUGUCGCUAGCAGCUCUGAUGCUCUGGCCGUACCCGGCGACUUUGAGCAAACUGCCAACGCUGAGACGAACGAAGUUGCCAUCGUCCCUCGUGACCUGAGUGACGAUGAAACUUCAGGCUUAUCCAAGAGAGCCAUCAACUCAUUCUUCAAGAUCCACGUUGUCAAUGCAGCUGGCAGAGUCUUGGGUAUCAUCGUCAUCGACUACGUCAUCAAUCAACUCCCAGGCAACCACGAGGGUAUCAACGCCUUCUACGAUAAGCUCACGAACGUCAAGGUCAAUGGUGAAAUUGUUGCUAGCCACUUCGAAAAUGCAGAGAACCCAUUCAAGACCGCGCAAAAUGCCAUCUUCCAUUUCAGCACCAAGGUCGUAUCUGGCGUCAUUGACCUGGGCCUGAAUGCUGCCGGGACCGCUGUCAAGGUCUCAAGUUCCGCUGCAAUCGAACUGGGCAAUCUCGUUGUCGCAAAGUCCCUCCACAUCUUCAACGACCAGAAUCAGAAGAUCGGAAGCAUAGCCAUUUAACGGUGCCUGGUGGGGCUCAUUGCCAGAAUUAGAAUGGAGAAGAACAGAUAUUGGAGGAAGGGUUGUCGAGGCAUAUUUUGAUAGGGUUUUUACAGAGGCUGAACAAAGAGGGGCUCUUCAUCUUCGGCGAUGACGUGCUCUGACUGUUGGCCUUGACUUUUCCCUGUUAUCUUGCUUAUCUGGAAUGUAGAGGUAGACUACGAAACAGUAUAUAGAAGACUAUUAAAAAAUGAGAUUCUAUAUAAUCAGACAUUGAACUACAACUUACUAUAUAUUAAAAGCCUUUAGACCUAUACUUAAAGGCAAAAAGCAUAAAUACUUAAUGUUUAUACUAUGGGACAGG